AUGAAUAACACAUCAUCUAUACCAUAACUCCCUUAAGCUUCUAUUUAUGAGCCAACAAUAUCGGUUUAGAAAAUAUAGCCACAUUAUCGAUUUGAUUCCAAUAAUAUGCCUAAGAUUCAAUGUUAUUAUCAUUAAGACAGUCCAAAUAAUUACAUCAAAUACUUUUGCAGACAACCAGAAUGCUUAAUGCCAUUAUGUGAUAAGUGUGUUUAACAGCAUUUGAAUUAAUACCACACUUAAACUUAAAGUAAAUUUAAAUUAAAUAUUCUUUAGGUAAUAUUGUACCUUUUGAAACCAUACUCUCAGAAAUCUAUUAAAAUUUAGCAGCUGAUUGUAAUGAAAUGUGCGAUCAAAUCAAUAAAAUUUAGUCAUUGUCAGAAAGAACAACUACUGAUAAAUUAGUUGGAAAGCAAUCUUUAUAAACAAAUCCUAUUAAAUUGAUAGAAUCUGCAAGGGAUCAAGUUAUAGCUAUUGUCAAUAACUAUUUUGAGACUUUGAAAACUUAUCUUCUAACAUAAAUUGAAGAACCAUUACCUGAUAUUAAUGUAAAACCUGCCUUAAAGGACUUGAAGGUAAGAUGGGAAUAAAACAUCAAAGAUUUAGAAUCCAUCAAUAAUCCAGUAGCAUCAAUAGAAAAAGUAAUUGAAUACUGUGAAGAAGAAUUAAGAAAAAAAAAUGAUACAAUUUUGAAUGAUGCUGAAAAAUUAAUCAAACUAUUAGAAACUUCUACACCAUAAUAUAGAUAAUAUGGAGUUGAUAUUCCUUAACUAUUUGUCGAUCCAUCAUUUCUACCUAGAUUUUUAUGGGUUCUGGAAAGAUAUGCUUUUUUUAAUCGUCCUCCUUUGGAACCAGAAGUCUUACCUCCUCCGAGAAUAGUUGAACCAAUCCCUGUAUAUGAUCUUCCACCUCCUCCUAGAUAUUAUGAUCCAUAUCCUCCUAUGGAAUAAGUUGUUUAUAGAGAUCCUAUUGUUAUUCGGGAGCCUGUAUUUAGAGACAGCUUAAUAAGAGAAAAUGAAUAUCCAUAAGAUUUUGAUGAGGAUGCAUAUAGACAACGAAGAUAUAGAGGAAGAUAAUAAUAUAAUUUUGAUUACGAUCUUGAUAAUGAGAAUGACGCAUUUAAUAUGAAGAGUGAAACAAAAGAAAAAAGGAAAAAAUCAAAAGUUUAAGAAUCUCCUAAACCAAGAUACAAAAUAACUGAGUAAUAUGAAUCAAAAAAAAAAAAUAAAACAAGCAAAUCUAAAGGUCCAAAAGAAAUAGUGAUUAGUCAUGCAUAACCUUCAUAUAUGAAUGUUACAACAACCUAAAUACCAUAAUAAACAGUUUAUUAACCUUAACAAACAACAUACUAAGUUCAACCUACUUAUUAAGCUUUGUAAACUGCUAAUAUUUUAUAAACCACGAAUAAUUAAUUAGACUAGACUUAAAAAGCACCUUCUGGUAUGACUAAAUCAAAAAUUACAAACUAAGCGUACAAAAAUUUAUGA